AUAAUGGUGAGCCGUAUGAUAAUGAACUAUAUUAUGAUAAGCCAUAUUAUGAUAAGCCAAAUAGUGAUGAAAUUGAUGGUGAUGAAAUGGAUUAUGAGCCGGAUAGUGGUGAAAUAGAUUAUAAACCGAAUGAUAGCGAAUUAGAAUAUUUGGACAAAAAUAUUAUGGACGGUAUAAUGAGAGAAUACGAAGAAUCAUUUGAUACUCUAAUAGAUAAAG